GGCCGUCGGAUGGGUCCAUGGCGCCUCCGCAAACCCUAGAACCGAACCAAAAAGUUCCCUAUAAACGGCCUCGAUGGCCACCUUCAACGCCGCUUCUCAGCCUCAUAGCCUUCGUAACCGAAGAGAUCGCAAAGAGCGAGGAGGAUGUCGACGGAGGAGGCGAAAAAGGUGAUCCCGGAGUCGGUUUUGAAGAAAAGAAAGAGGGAGGAGCAGUGGGCGCUCGCCAAGAAGCAGGAGCUUGUCGCGAAGAAGAAGAAGUCUCGGGAGAAUCGGAAGUUGAUCUCUGCUAGAGCUCAGCAGUACUCCAAGGAAUAUGAAACCCAGGAGAAGGACCUGAUCCGCUUGAAGAGAGAAGCCAGGUUGAAGGGAGGGUUUUACGUCAGCCCUGAGCCGAAGCUUCUGUUCAUCAUUCGCAUUCGAGGUAUAAAUGCAAUGCACCCGAAGACCCGAAAGAUCUUGCAGCUUCUUCGUCUGAGACAGAUAUUCAAUGGUGUGUUUUUGAAAGUCAACAAGGCUACAAUCAACAUGUUGCGAAGAGUUGAGCCUUAUGUGACCUAUGGGUAUCCCAAUUUGAAGAGUGUGAGGGAGUUGAUCUACAAGAGAGGGUUUGGGAAGCUGAACAAGCAGAGAAUUCCUUUUACAGACAAUUCAGUGAUUGAGCAGGGCUUGGGAAAAUGUAACAUCUUAUGCAUUGAAGAUCUUGUCCACGAGAUCAUGACUGUCGGACCGCACUUCAGGCAGGCCAACAACUUUCUGUGGCCUUUCAAGUUGAAGGCACCCUUGGGCGGCCUGAAGAAGAAGAGGAACCACUAUGUUGAAGGAGGCGAUGCAGGAAACCGUGAAGAUUACAUCAAUGAACUCAUCAGAAGGAUGAACUAAAUCUUCCGUGUCAUUUAGAUCUUUUUCAGUUACAUCAGGAAGGGUUUGUUCUACUUGUUAUUUUGAAUUUUGUGUCGGUGACAUUGUUACCUUAAAACUCUGGAUGGAUUUACAAUCGCAUUAUUUAUGAUUUAUGCUACUUUGAAAUA